AAAAAUAACACUGAACUCAAUGAGUUUUGUCACAGAUUCAAUGAGAUGACGUACUUAACAAGCCUUUGUAAACCCUGGAGUGAGAUUCUGUCUGCCCGAGGUCGCUGCUGCGUGGAGGCCCCUAGGGUGAAGUCACCGUCACCAUGUCUAACCAGGAGGCAAAACAUUCAACCAAGGACUUGGAGGACAAGAAAGAAGGAGGGUACAUCAAGUCAAAGCCACUGGACAGGACAGCACUGAGUCACUUUAAGGUGAAAAUAACAACACAUCUCAAGACACUCAAAGAAUCACACUGUCAGAGACAGGCAGUUCCAGUGGAUUCGCUCAGCUUUCUCCUUGAAGGUCACAGAAUUGCUGAUAACCACAUUCCAAAAGAAUUGGGAAUGGAGGAAGGAGAUAUGAUUGAAGUUUAUCAGGAGCAAACAAAUCUAAUCAACAGUUUAAAUAGUCUCUUAAUUCUUUUUCUUCACUCUUAA